AACCAUGCACCAUGCGUCAAUAGUCUUCUGAUGUUUUAUUCUAGAAACUCUGGAACGAAAUUGCUGCCAUUUUUACAGUUGAUUUUGAUUAGUUAUUCAAAUUUAAGUGAAACACUUAACCGAAAGUGAACAAAAUGACUGACGUGAACGAAAUAACUGACGAAAAUCCAAACGAUGACCGAAAACGACCACAAAAUCUUAUGGGUCUCCUGCAUUUCGCAUUGGAGGCAACAAAGAGCGAAGAUGCACCAAAUGCAACCAGUUUCGCUGAAAUGGAUCCGGAGCGACGGAAGUUUCUCGAAGAAGCCCUAAAAUCAAUGUCUGUCGAUGUAGUUGCCGAAAUGCAACGAAUAUGCGGCAUUCUGGUGAGUUCCGAUGCAACCGAAAAUGAGAAAUUGGAAGCCAUGUCUCAUCUGGGCGAUUACGUGGAAAACAUAGACACGGCGAACGAUUUCUGCAAGAUUGGAGGCUUGCCGGUCUUAUCGAAAUGUCUGGACAGCGAUAUAACGUUGCUGCGAGAACGUACGGCUAGAACCAUUGGUUCAAUGUCACAGAAUAAUCCGUUCUGUCAGAAGGAACUGUUGGACCAGAAAUUUGUUGAAAAACUGAUGGCACUGAUGACCGAUCCGGAAGUGGGUCCAAAAGCUUUGUCCGGACUUUCUGGUGUCAUACGUUCAUUCGAACCGGCUACCGCACAUUUCAUUGACAUUGGUGGUUUGGAGUGCUUACUGGCCUGUCUCUCAGGCGGUGUAGACAAAAUUUGCACCCAAGCCAUGUUCAUGCUGAAUUCCAUGAUUGCCGAUCAUCCCAUGAUCAGAGACGAGAUACUGAAGCUGGAAGUCAUUCACAAAAUCAUGCCUCUGUUCAAGCAUGCAACCAACGAGUACGACAUACUGAUUGAAACAGCGUGUUCAUUGCUGAACAAUGUCACUGAAUGCCCGGAAGGACAACGAGUAUGCCGGGAGGAGGCUCAGUUAAACGUUCAAAGUUGCAUUGAAAAUGUUAUAAAACUGCAGCUGGGAGAUCCGUCAUCAGAGGAAACGGUCUACUAUUGCAAAGCCGUGCUGGACAGAGUCUUCGGCUCAAAUGAUCCAUGUGUGGAUCGAUAACCCUAAGAUGCUUUUGUAUGUAUAUUUCGUUGAGAAUUAAAUUUUUUUAUGGAUUAUUACACCAUCUAAGUUGGAAA